AGAACGAAUGAAGCACUGUUGUUCAAGCAAAGUUUCCUCCCCUUCCCUGUUUCCCUUUGCCCUCUCAGAUUUGAAUCCUGCUGUGCUGAUGGUGUGGAGUGGAUAGCUAGGCCUCCUCUCGAUGCUUUGGUUUCUUCUGACGAGAGAUGGAGGUUCAGAUGUUCAGUUCUUCGCUGGGCGCCAUGGGCUCCCUUCUUGGGAAGCUUGGUUCUUUGCUGGUCUCUCCCGGGGAUCAGCUGCCAGACACACUGAAGCCGCAGAAGGAAAAACUGCAGAUCCUCAAACAAGAUCUAGAAGAAAUGAAUACCAUGCUUGGGAAUCUUUCAAGGGUGCAAGCUCCCAACACCAUGGGCAAACUCUGGAUGAACGAGCUGCGCGAUCUGUCCUAUGACAUCGAAGAUUACAUUGACAAGACAAUAUCCCCUUCCAAUACUGGUGAAAAGAAUCAAGAGAUCCCCUUUGAGAUCGAAGAAUUUGUCACUCUGGUGAAGCACGCCCGCGAUAGAUACAGCAGGUACGAUCUUGGGCGCUGGGCAUCCAGUCCUGCUAUGCCAAUGGUUGCUGAUGACCAACGCUCAGCGGCCAAGCAAUUACGGACCUUGUCGGUAUCAAUGAUGCAACCACCAAGCUUAUCAAGUUGCUUAGCAACGAUGCUGAGCAAGGGAUGAAAGUGGUAUCCGUACUUGGACCUGCGGGAGUUGGCAAGAGUACUCUUGCAAAACAAGUGUACCGUCAAAUGGGAGGAAAGUUCGACUGUCGAGCUUUUGUGCGAGCCUCAAGGAUGCCUGAUACAAGGAGGCUUCUCCGGAGCAUCAUCUCCCAGGUCCAGCGCCAUCAACGACCUCCUCAUGGUCUCCCAGCGCAAGAGCUUAUUGAUAACCUUAGAGAACUUCUCCAGCAGAAGAGGUAUUUUAUUCUAAUUGAUGGCUUAUGGGAAACAACUUCUUGGGAUAUUGUUUAUAGUGCUUUCCCGGAGGGUACUCAUUGUAGUAGAAUAUUAAUAACGACUGAUAUUGAGGAGGUAGCUCUCGAGUGUUGUGAUUAUGAAUCUGAUGGUAUAUUUAUGAUGGAGCCAUUGAGUAGAACAGACUCAAUAGAAUUACUAUUCAAUAGAACAUUGGGCUCCAAGCAUCAAUGCUCUGAACAAGUGAAGGAAGUUUCAGAAGAAAUUAUUAAAAAAUGUGGUGGUCUGCCACUUGCGGUAAUUUGCAUAGCUAGUAUUUUAGCAGGCCAACCCGACAAUUCAGAGCUAUGGCAGCAUGUAAGUGAAUGAUUAUCUGGCAGUAUGAGGAAUAAUCGUACUUCACAAGACAUGCUCAGAGAAAUAGUAGGCUUGAGCUACAAUAAUCUUCCGGACUAUUUGAAAACAUGCCUACUAUAUCUUAGUAUGUACCCUGAGGGGUACACCUUCUUGAAGACUGAUUUGGUGAAGCAAUGGAGUGCUGAAGGUUUUAUCAGUGCCACAGAAGGAAAUGACACCAGCGAAGUUGCAGAGUUUAAUUUUGAUGAGCUUGUCUGCACGGGACUAAUUCAGCCUAACUGUAUAGACUUCUCAGAAGAGGUGACGUUCUACACAGUGCAUUCCACUGUAUUUGAAGUUAUUAGGUGCAAGUCCAUGGAGGAGAAUUUUACUACUGUUAUAGACUACUCUGAAGUCAUUACAAAGCUUUCUGCAAAAGUUCGUCGAGUGUCACUCACUUUCAGCAGUGCAAAGUAUGCAACGAAACCAGAAGGCAUCACACUAUCAGAAGUGCGGUCUCUCAUCUUCUAUGGACUUGCCAAGUGUCUGCCUUCGAUUAUGGAGUUGAAGCUACUUCGAGUUCUAAUCCUUGAAUUUUGGGGUGAUAAAAAGGAGUUAGACAUUAGUGGAAUCAAUAAAUUAUUUCAGUUGCGUUACUUGCGGAUUACAACAGAUAUGACCGUAAAACUCCCAGCGAGGAUGCAGGAACUGCUAUAUCUGGAAACAAUAGAAACCUAUGCAAGAGUAACGACCUUUCCAUCAGAUGCUUUUGAUCUCCCGAGAUUGAUGCACCUCUGUCUUCAGGAUGUGAUAAACCUGCCCGAUGGUAUUGGACAAAUGAGAUCUCUACGGACACUUCAAUUUUUUGACCUUAGCAGAAACUCCUAUGACAAUGUGCGGAGCCUUGAAGAGUUGACUAAUCUGCGUGAUCUUCACCUUACCUGUUGUUCUACGUCAUCAUCAUUAGAGCAUCAUAUAAUGAGAAACUUGAUAGCUCUAGUGUCUUCCCUUGAGAAACUUGGCAACCUUAAAACUAUGGUUCUUGCUCCAGCUGCUUCUUGCACGAGCAUUAACCUGUGUUACUCAGGCAAUAUGUCUUCGCUGCCUGUUUUUCUUCAGAGACUUGAGUUAUUGCCGCCCAUUUGUAUCUUUUCAAGAAUUCCCAUAUGGAUGGGACAGCUCCAAAAGCUUUGCAGUUUGAAAAUUGCUCUUAGUGAAUUGUCGAGUGGGGAUGUUGACAACAUAGCCAGAUUACCGGAACUCACGAUUCUCUCUCUGUAUGUCAGGCAACCAACUGCGGAAAGCAUUAUCUUCAAUCGUGCGUCAUUUCCAGUUCUAAAAUGUCUCAAAUUCAGAUGUGGAGUUAUGCGCCUUACCUUUCUGGCCGGAACAAUGCCUAACCUUCGGAGGCUCAAACUAGAAUUCAAUGCACACAGUGGAGAGCAGUAUGGAGAUAUUCUUGUUGGAAUUGAACACUUGUUAAACCUCCAAGAAAUCAUUGGCCGAAUUGGAGCAGCACCAGGUGCAGAAGAAUCUGACAGGAUGGCCGCCGAGUCCAUGUUCAAGGAUGCCACGAUUAGCAAACAUUCGAGACUUACAAGCUUCAAUCUACAAAGAGUUAAUUCGUUUGGCGAAGAGAUUUCUCGAUGUGCUGACACUCCUUGGAGUCAUUCUGGUUCAGAUGAAAACAGUAAACAUCAUGUGCUGGUGAGCAUUUUACGAGAUGAAAGCGCAAAGCCAUCAACUCUUGAUUUAUCACUUUUGAAAAACAUCACAAAUAAUUUCUCUAGUGAGAAAGAGAUCGAUCAAGGUGGAUUUGGAAUGGUUUACAAGGGAAUCCUUGGAGAUGUGAUUGUUGCUGUGAAAAGGCUGUAUGGACAGCAUGGAAAUGUAGAUGGAAAAUUUGCUCGUGUAAUCGAUUGUCUAAUGACAGUUAAGCACAGCAAUAUAGUAAGGUUUUUGGGCUACUGUGUGCACACGCAACCUAAGGGUAUCAAAGAUGGGAUGAAAACCUUCUGUGUAGAACAACAGGAAAUGUUACUUUGCUUCGAAUACCUACAUAAUGGAAGCCUCCAGAGAUAUAUUACUGAAGAAUCUUGUGGGCUUGAAUGGCACACACGUUAUCAAAUAAUAAAAGGAAUAUGUCAGGGGUUGGGUUAUCUUCAUGAAAAUUCUAUUAUCCAUUUGGACCUCAAACCGGAGAAUAUACUACUUGAUGCUAAUAUGGUGCCAAAAAUAGCGGAUUAUGCAUAUGCCAGACUCUUGAGUGAAGACAGCCGAACUGCAUCUCAAAACUUUACUACAUCGCUAUCAUGUAGGGACUACAUGGCACCAGAAUAUUAUGAAGAUGGAGUAUUCAGCUUCAAGUCUGACAUAUAUAGUUUGGGCAUUAUAAUCAUGCAGAUAGUGACAGGCCAAAAGGACCACGGGAACAUAAUGAGUGUGCUUGGGGGUUGGAGGAGUAGGUUGGAAUCGGAUACAUCACGGACGCACACAGCGUUGGAAACAGCUUACCAUCAAGUAACACUAUGCAUUGUAAUGGGGCAAAACUGCAUGCAUCGUGACCCAAGGAAGAGGCCUGUUCUAUGGGAGAUCCUUGAUAGGCUUGGUGAAAUGGGAACCAGUGAAGAAUCAGUGACAAGAGGCAUAAGCCUUGUUCCGGAGUUCAAGAAUCAUUCCGUGCCAAAAUCUUCUAAUAAAGAAGUAUUCCAAUGGCCAAGUGAGAAGGUAAAAGCAUCAUUGACAUCAUUGCUUACUUCAGGAAAGGAUAACAUAAAUAAGCACCAGCAAGCAAAGACAUCAAGUGAGACAAAGACUUCUGAUGUGCUCACAAAAUCUUCAAAUGGUUCUGAUGAUUCAAAGAGAAAACACAAUAUUAUCCAGGCAAGGAAAUCAAGUGCAGAAAACGACAUAGAAGAAAGCAGUAUGUAGAUCAAGAGCCAUGCAUUAUGAGGGGGGUUUACUUCAAGAAUAUGAAAUGGCAGGCUGCCAUAAAAGUUGACAAGAAACAGAUUCAUUUGGGUACUGUUGGGACACCGGAUGAAGCAGCCCGGCUUUAUGAUAGGGCUGCUUUUAUGUGUGGAAGGGAGCCAAACUUUGAACUUUCUGAGGAAGAGAAGCAAGAACUGAGGAAGUACACCUGGGAGGACUUCUUAGCAGUCACUCGCAACACAAUAACCAGCAAAAAACAAAGGAAGGUUGGCUUGCUAAGGCGUAGCAAGGCGGACUUGUUCAUGGGACAGAGUGAUGGUGAUACAGAGAUGGCAAAUGGCGGCGGCUCAUCAAAUUCUGAUAAUGGAGAUGCCGAGACAUCGGCAUCUUAGAUUGCUCCCAGAGGUCGUUGCGACCCCAGUGGAGUCCUCCAAAUAUUCAUCCGGAUCAUGAUAUGAUCCCUUUUUAGGAUUUUGCUCUCUCAAUAAUUAAUUUCAUGUGCAUAAGGCCCCGUUGGUCUGAUCAAAGUUUAGGGAAAUCAUGCCAUCUCAAAUAAGAAUUGGAGGUGGUCCAUUGUAGGUAAAAGUCAUCUGAACAAUAUGUAUACCGGUUCUGAAAUUGUGUAUAUCUCCAUUAGGUUCACCGCAAAUUUUACCAAUGUAAUUAGUUUACAUUACCAUUUAUCAAAAAGAAAUCUUUUUUUCCUUAAA